UAUUAUUUUAGCACCAAGGCGGCAGGAGGUUUCUGCUAAGUUGGAGGUACUGGCCACGACUGCAUGCCUGCGCCCGCCAGGUGAUACCUCCGCCGGUGACCCAGGGGCUGUGCGACACAAGGAGUCUGCAUGUCUAAGUGGUAGACAUGCUCAGCUUUGUGGAUACGCGGACUUUGUUGCUGCUUGCAGUAACUUCGUGCCUAGCAACAUGCCAAUGUAAGUGCCUUCAGCUUGGAACUGCAAGAAAGGGCCCAACUGGGGAUAGAGGACCACGUGGAGAAAGGGGUCCACCUGGCCCGUCAGGCCGAGAUGGUGAUGAUGGGGUCCCAGGUCCUCCCGGUCCUCCCGGUCCUCCCGGCCCCCCUGGUCUUGGCGGGAACUUUGCUGCUCAGUUUGAUGGAAAAGGAGUUGGAGGUGGUCCUGGACCAAUGGGCUUGAUGGGCCCCCGAGGCCCUCCUGGUGCAGCUGGAGCCCCUGGCCCACAAGGGUUCCAAGGACCUGCUGGUGAGCCCGGUGAACCUGGUCAGACUGGUCCUGCGGGUGCUCGUGGUCCACCUGGCCCUCCUGGCAAAGCUGGUGAGGACGGCCACCCUGGCAAACCUGGACGACCUGGCGAGAGAGGAGUUGUCGGUCCACAGGGUGCUCGUGGUUUCCCCGGAACUCCUGGGCUUCCUGGCUUCAAGGGCAUUAGGGGACACAACGGUCUGGAUGGGUUGAAGGGACAGCCUGGUGCUCCAGGUAUUAAGGGCGAACCUGGUGCCCCUGGUGAAAAUGGAACUCCAGGUCAACAAGGAGCCCGUGGGCUGCCUGGUGAACGAGGACGAGUUGGUGCCCCUGGCCCAGCUGGUGCCCGUGGAAGUGACGGAAGUGUGGGUCCUGUGGGUCCUGCUGGUCCCCUUGGGUCUGCUGGCCCUCCAGGCUUCCCAGGUGCCCCUGGCCCCAAGGGUGAAAUUGGACCUGUUGGUAACCCUGGUCCUUCUGGUCCUGCGGGUCCCCGUGGUGAAGUGGGUCUUCCAGGUCUUUCUGGCCCCGUUGGACCUCCUGGUAACCCUGGAGCCAACGGCCUUACUGGUGCUAAGGGUGCUGCUGGCCUGCCCGGUGUUGCUGGGGCUCCUGGCCUCCCUGGACCCCGUGGUCUUCCAGGCCCUCCUGGUGCUGCUGGUGCUACUGGUGCUAGAGGACUUGUUGGUGAGCCUGGUCCACCUGGUUCCAAAGGAGAGAGUGGUAACAAGGGUGAGCCCGGCUCUACUGGGGCCCAAGGUCCUCCUGGUCCCAGUGGUGAAGAAGGAAAGAGAGGUGCCAAUGGCGAAGCUGGUCCCGCUGGCCCCCCAGGACCUGCUGGGCUGAGAGGAAAUCCUGGUAGUCGUGGUCUUCCUGGAGCAGAUGGCAGAGCUGGUGUCAUGGGCCCUGCUGGUAGUCGUGGUCCAGCUGGUCCUUCUGGUGCCCGAGGUCCCAAUGGAGAUUCUGGUCGCCCUGGAGAGCCGGGCCUCAUGGGACCCCGAGGCUUUCCUGGUGCCCCUGGAAAUGUUGGCCCACCUGGUAAAGAAGGUCCCGUGGGUCUCCCUGGCAUUGAUGGCAGGCCUGGACCCAUUGGCCCCGCUGGCGCACGAGGAGAGCCUGGCAACAUCGGCUUCCCUGGACCCAAAGGCCCCACUGGGGAACCUGGCAAAGUUGGCGAAAAAGGUCAUGCUGGUCUUCCUGGCGCCCGGGGUGCUCCAGGUCCUGAUGGAAACAAUGGUGCUCAGGGGCCUCCUGGACCACAGGGUGUCCAAGGUGGAAAAGGUGAACAAGGUCCAGCUGGUCCUCCAGGCUUCCAGGGACUGCCUGGCCCCUCAGGUACAGCUGGUGAACUUGGCAAACCAGGAGAAAGGGGUCUCCCUGGUGAAUUUGGACUCCCUGGUCCUGCUGGUCCAAGAGGGGAGCGUGGUCCCCCAGGUGAAAGUGGUGCUGUUGGUCCUUCUGGUCCUAUUGGAAGCCGAGGUCCUUCUGGACCCCCCGGGCCUGAGGGAAACAAGGGUGAACCGGGUGCCGUGGGUGCCCCAGGCACUGCUGGUGCACCUGGUCCUGGUGGACUCCCCGGAGAGAGAGGCGCUGCUGGCAUCCCUGGGGGCAAAGGAGAAAAGGGUGAAACUGGCCUCAGAGGUGAAGUUGGGAGCACAGGCAGAGACGGUGCUCGUGGUCCUCCAGGUGCCGUGGGUGCCCCUGGUCCUGCUGGAGCCGCUGGUGACCGGGGUGAGGCUGGAGCUCAUGGUCCUGCUGGUCCUGCUGGUCCUCGAGGUAGCCCUGGUGAACGUGGUGAGGUUGGUCCCGCUGGUCCCAAUGGAUUUGCUGGUCCUGCUGGUGCUGCUGGUCAACCUGGUGCUAAAGGAGAGAAAGGAACCAGAGGGCCCAAGGGUGAAAAUGGUCCUGUUGGUCCCACAGGCCCUGUUGGAGCUGCUGGACCAUCUGGUCCAAAUGGCGCCCCUGGUCCUGCUGGAAGUCGCGGUGAUGGUGGCCCCCCUGGCAUGACUGGUUUCCCUGGUGCUGCUGGACGUACUGGUCCUCCUGGACCCAGUGGUAUCACUGGCCCUCCUGGUCCCCCUGGUGCUGCUGGUAAAGAAGGAAUUCGUGGGCCUCGUGGUGACCAAGGUCCAGUUGGCCGAACGGGAGAAACAGGUGCAAGCGGGCCCCCUGGCUUUGCUGGUGAAAAGGGUCCUUCUGGAGAGACUGGUGCUGCUGGACCUCCUGGCACCCCCGGUCCUCAGGGUCUCCUUGGUGCUCCUGGUAUCCUGGGUCUUCCAGGCUCUAGAGGUGAACGUGGUCUACCAGGUGCUGCCGGAGCAGUGGGUGAGCCCGGACCCCUCGGCAUUUCAGGUCCACCAGGGGCCCGUGGUCCCCCUGGUGCAGUGGGUAAUCCUGGAGUCAACGGUGCUCCUGGUGAAGCCGGUCGUGAUGGCAACCCUGGGAACGAUGGUCCCCCAGGCCGCGAUGGUCAACCCGGACACAAGGGAGAGCGUGGCUACCCUGGCAACGCUGGCCCCGUUGGCGCUGUGGGUGCUCCUGGUCCUCAUGGCCCUGUGGGUCCCACUGGCAAACAUGGAAACCGUGGUGAACCUGGUCCGGCUGGUGUUGUUGGUCCCACAGGUCCUGUCGGUCCAAGAGGUCCUAGUGGCCCGCAAGGCAUUCGAGGUGAUAAGGGAGAGCCUGGUGACAAGGGGCCCAGAGGUCUUCCUGGCUUAAAAGGACAUAAUGGAUUACAAGGUCUUCCUGGUCUUGCUGGUCAUCAUGGUGAUCAAGGUGCUCCCGGCCCUGUGGGUCCUGCUGGCCCUAGGGGCCCUGCUGGCCCUAGUGGCCCCCCUGGCAAAGACGGUCGCAACGGACAUCCUGGUACAGUUGGACCUGCUGGCAUUCGUGGCUCUCAGGGUAGCCAAGGUCCCGCGGGCCCUCCUGGUCCCCCUGGUCCCCCUGGACCUCCUGGCAUAAGUGGUGGUGGCUAUGAAUUUGAUGGAGACUUCUACAGGGCUGACCAGCCUCGUUCACCACCUUCGCUCAGACCCAAAGAUUAUGAAGUUGAUGCUACUCUGAAAUCUCUCAACAACCAGAUUGAGACUCUUCUUACUCCUGAAGGUUCUAGGAAGAACCCAGCUCGCACAUGCCGUGACUUGAGACUCAGCCACCCAGAGUGGAGCAGUGGUUACUACUGGAUUGACCCUAACCAAGGAUGCACUAUGGAUGCUAUCAAAGUAUACUGUGAUUUCUCUACUGGCGAAACCUGCAUCCGGGCUCAACCUGAAAACAUCCCAGCCAAGAACUGGUACAGGAGUUCCAAGGCUAAGAAGCACAUCUGGCUAGGAGAAACUAUCAAUGGUGGUACCCAGUUUGAAUACAAUGUUGAAGGAGUAACUACCAAGGAAAUGGCUACCCAACUUGCCUUCAUGCGCCUGCUGGCCAACCAUGCCUCUCAAAACAUCACCUACCACUGCAAGAACAGCAUUGCAUACAUGGAUGAUGAAACUGGCAACCUGAAAAAGUCUGUCAUCCUGCAAGGCUCCAAUGAUGUUGAACUUGUUUCCGAGGGCAACAGCAGGUUCACUUACACUGUUCUUGUAGACGGCUGCUCUAAAAAGACAAAUGAAUGGGGAAAGACAAUCAUUGAAUACAAAACAAACAAACCAUCUCGCCUGCCUUUCCUUGAUAUUGCAAUUUUGGACAUCGGUGGCGCUGACCAAGAAUUCGGUUUGGACAUUGGCCCAGUCUGUUUCAAAUAAAUGAACUCAACCUAAAUUAAAAGAAAGGAAAUCUAAAAAAAA